CUGUAAUAGAAUGUUGUGAUCAAUUGUAAUAAAUUCAGCACUAAGAUCAAACAGGACAAGGACAGAGACCAGACCAUUGUCUGAAACUAAGAGAAGAUCAUUAGUGACUCUAACCAGAGCUGUUUCUGUGCUAUGAUGUUUUCUAAAUCCUGACUGAAAAUCUUCAGACAGGGUAUUCCUACUCAGGUGAUCAGAUAAUUGUUUAACUACGAUUUUUUCAAGAAUCCUAGAGAUAAAUGCUAAAUUUGAAAUUUGCCUAUAGUUGGCUAGUUCUCUAGGGUCCAGAGUAGGUUUUUUCAAUAAAGGUUUGACCGCAGCCACAUUAAAAGCCUGUGGUGCAUAGCCUAGUUGUAAAGAUUGGUUGGUUUGAUUUAAUAUGGACGAGCUGAUUAAAGGCAAAACUUCUUUAAGUAAUCUGGUUGGGACUCAGUCUAAAAGACGUGGACAACUUGAAAGAGUUGAUUAUUGAGGUCAAUGCCUUAUGAGUUAUGGGGAAGAAGCUGUCUAGGUAAGACAGAGUACUUCGUAAAUUUAAAGUUGAAGGAUCUAGAGAGUGAUUUCUAUCAUUUGGAGGAACUCACUGCUGAAUGUUCUCUCUAAUGGUGAAAAUUUUAUUAGUAAAGUAGUUCAAUUCAAUUCAAUUCAAUUUUAUUUAUAUAGCGCCAAAUCACAACAAAGUUAUCUCAAGGACCUUACAAAGUAAGGUUUAAGACCUCACACAACUAAACCCAACAGAUACCACAUACAGCAAGCAUUUAAUUUGACAGCAACAGUGGAGAGGAAAAACUCCCUCUCUAACGAGGAAGAAACCUCCAGCAGAACCAGGCUGGAUGUGGGAGGCCAUCUGAAUAGACCGGUUGGGGUGAGGGGAUAGAAAGAGAGAAAAUAAAGUAAUUGCUGCUGAGAUUUAAGGGUAUAGUACGCUCAACACAACUAUGACUUAGUCUACAGCUACAGUGCUGAAAAAGAAACCUGGGGUUGUUUUUGUUUUAAGAUAAGAUGAGAUAAGAUAAGAUAAGAUAAGAUAAGAUAAGAUAAGAUAAGAUAAGAUAAGAUAAGAUAGUCCAUUCUUUGUCUCACAAUAGGAAAAUUUCCAUUUUGCAGCACGUUUCCUCAAUUAGGGAGGAAUAAUAUGUUUUUCUAGCAGCACAAAGUGCUUUUAUAUAUAUUAUUACACUGUCUUUCCAUGCAAUGCAGUUUACAUUUAUUUUGUUGGAACGUCACUGCCUUUUUAGUAGCUGCGGAUCUCUGAGUUAUACCAUGGCGCUAACCUCCUCUGAUUUACUGCCGCCUUCUUCAGUGGAGCCACUGUGUCUAACAUUAAACACAGAGAAGCUGCAGCAUCAUCUACAAGACAAUCAACCUGUUCAUAAGGAUUAAGGUGACUGUUCUCCUUUGUGUACCUACAUGACAAUGAGGCAAAAGGUGAUGGAAUCAUCUGCUUGAAUUUGGCAACAGCAUUCAUCUUCUAUAGCAAAAUUUCUUCAAGUCCUCUGUACUCUGCAUCAGGCGGUCCAUGUUGUGUCUGAAUUCGUUUUUAUUAACAUUCCUCAGACCAACAUUUUCCAACAUUAAUGGGUUUUCACUUUGUAGACUUAGCUACCACUUUUGUUAGCUGGCCUUGCUUUUGUUUAUACUUCUCCCAUGCACUACAUGUAGUCUGCCGAAGUCCCACUCUGCUGUUUGUUUAGGUGGGUCAUUUGCUACCAUCAACGAUGUGUAUUGCGUUUAAGUGAUAUAUCAGAUUCAAAGUACUACAGUGAUUCAGCUGAUUCAGAUUCAGCUUUGCCAUGAAUAAAUUGUUUCCUUAUAUUCAGCCAAAUGGAAGAGAUUUAAAUUGAUAAUGUCCAUGUAAGACAUCUUUAUUGUAUUCGGUUCCAGUCCAGUGAGUGCUGGAGCAGUCUUAGGCCCCAUCCCCAAAGGCUCUGAUUGGUUGAGAAGCGUGUCUCAGGCUAGUACUGAUCAACAGCCCGCGCCUCCUGUGACUCUUCUUUUGUCUGUAUGAGUACUCAGACCCAGUAAGCAACGGACCUUUCAAAUAUUAAUAAUGAAAGUUUACCAACUCCUUUAACACUCCUAUUCUGGUGGCUCAGUGGGUACAGUUUUAGUCUGGAAAGGUUCCAUCAAUUUUAUGGAGAUAUUUCACGUAACCAAUAGUUAACAUUAAUAUGAAAUUCCUCUUUACUUGUAAAUCAGGUACCUGAACAAAAACAUACGAUUUAUGUGUAAAAUUGCAUUAACUUCAUGCAAUCCUUUAUUUUUAAAUUAUGUUGUUUGAUGGCAUAAUUCUAACCUGACUUGAAAGACUUUAGAAAUAUUUCACCUCUUACCUGGUAUUUAUGUGAUAAAAUUAUAUGAAAAAUGUACAUGUAACUAAAAUAAAAUAAUAAAAAGUCUAAGUUUUAAGCAUGAUCACUUUUUAGACUGUAUACUGACCAACCUCUUUCAUAGAUUUCAGGUAAAAGCUAUUUGAUAUUUUUACAUACAGUAUAUGUUUGAGCAUAUUUGCUCGAAUUAAGUAUUCUGUUGGCAAGAUCCAAGGUGUUCAGCUGGAGCUUUAUCAAGUAUUUGUAAGUAAGUUACAGGCAAACUUUCAUCUUUGAAGAUAAUGCCUUCUAUGAGGAAGCUGAUGUGCGUGAUCAUUCAUCAGAGGUUACCUGUCAUUAACCAAUUGAAUUAAUGUAAAAGGUUUAAUGCAUUUACGUUUGUUGAAUUGUUCCCUAACAAUAAAACAGGGGUUGUGGAUAAGUGAACAUUAUCGUCAUUAUCAUUUUAAUUCAUUAAUUAAUUUGGUUUUUGCUAUUGGCACAGUCUGCUUUAUUGUGAUCCACUGCAGGAACAUUUGUUAUGCAGCUCAAUGGAAAAGAUGAUGACCAAGCUGGCACAAUUAAUGCAGCAAUUUCCUACAGUAUUAUCAGUCAGGAACCCAAAGGCACAGGACAAAUGUUUACUAUAGAUAACAAUACAGGCAAACUUUAUGUUAAAGAGCCGACAUUGGACAGAGAGACACAUGAUUUCUACAAACUGGUUAUAAAAGGGACUGAUAUGGGGGGGGCAGCAGAUGGGCUAACAGGAACAGGAACUGUGGAGAUCCGGGUAUUAGAUAUCAAUGACAAUAUCCCCACUCUUGAAAAAUCUGAGUACUCUGGGUCAGUGGAUGAAAAUGUUGCUGAUGUGGUUGUGAUGAGAAUUAAAGCUCUGGACAGAGACCUCGAACACACAGACAACUGGCUGACUGUCUUCACAAUUGCCAAAGGAAAUGAGGAUAAGCUCUUCUCCAUUGAGACAGACAAAAAAACCAACGAGGGAAUCUUGAAAUUGAUCAAGCCCGUAGAUUUUGAGGAGGUUCAAAACCUUGAGCUUGGCUUGCUCAUAGAGAAUGUUGCACCUUUUGUGGAGGGUGGUGCUAUUUUGAUGGAUGUGGAUGUUCAGGUUGGAGAGGGUGGUCCUAUGGCUGUUGGAACUGGGGCUGGGGCUGGGGCUGGGGCUGGGGUUGGUGCUGGGGCUGGAGCUGGAGCUGGUGUUGGAGCUGGUCUAGGUGCAGGGGUAGACCAGGGAGUAGAUGCAGAAGUGGAUGCAGGUGUGAAUAUGGGCUUAGACUUGGGCCUAGAUGCAGACCUAGAAGGGGGUUUGGAUGUAGGACUUAAGCCAGAGGUAGGACUUGGGCCUGGAAUUGGAGUUAAACCUGGAUUGGGGCCUGGAGUCGGUGUUGGACUUAAACCAGGCAUCAAACCAGAUGCCGGAAAACCAAAGACAGAUACACCAGCCAAAAGCUAUCCCAUUAAGAUAGCAGUCAACAAUGUGCCAGAGGGUCCCAAAUUCCUACCUGAGACAAAGAAUGUUCCUGUAUCAGAAGAUCCAAAUGAAGCUCCAAAAGAUGGUGUGAUCACAGUAUUUGCUGCUGUUGACCCAGACACUGGAAAACCAGCUGAGGAUGUCAGUUAUGCCAAAGCCUAUGAUCCUGACAACUGGUUUAUCAUUGAUGAAGAGACCGCUGAGAUUAAACUUAACAAAGUGCCAGACAGAGAGUCACCAUUCUUGGUGAAUGGUACUUACAUCGCAAAAGUUCUGGCAAUAACAAAAGAUAUGCCAUCAAAGACAGCCACAGGAACAAUUGCCAUUCAAGUAACUGACUCCAAUGACCACUGUCCAACGCUUACCACUACUCACAGCAGCUUAUGUUCUAAUGAAAAAAUAGUUUAUAUCACAGGCUUUGAUGAAGAUGUUAGUCCUAAUGCUGCUCCAUUCACAUUCAAAAUAAUACCUGAAGGUACUCGAGGCACCUGGGAAGUAGAAGGCAUCAAUGAAACAAGUGCCGCUCUUCAUUCUCAGGAGGCAUUAUGGCCAGGAUUAUAUGAGCUGCAAGUAAAAGUGUUUGACGCUCAGGGUCUCUCUUGCGAGGCCAAUGACAUUUUUAGAGUGGAUGUUUGCACCUGUGUCAAAACAGAGCACUGCAAUGUACGGGCAGCCAAACUAGGAACAACUUCAUCUGAGCUCUCUGCUCCAGCCAUUGGUCUGCUGCUAGUAGUAGGAUGCAUAAUAUUGUUCAUUCCUUUUCUACUGCUGUUCUGUCAAUGUGGAGGAGCAGACAACAUCUUUCCUGAUCAAUUUAAUGACUUACCAUUUGAAGCCAAAGAACAUCUCAUGUCUUAUCACACUGAAGGCAAAGGUGAAGACAAGGUUCUGCCACUCCAAAGUGUGCCUGUUAUGUUGGGCAUGCAAAGCAAAGCUGAUUCAGCAGAUGCACAGAAUUUUAGCAACAUUUCAUCAAGAAUCACAGAAGCACUUCAGAUAAACACCUGCUAUAAUAACAGUUUACCAAAAUAUCAGGAAAACGGACAUAAUUUGUUGGAAGUUGACAAUGCUUAUGAAUUUUCAAGGGAAGUAGUCAACCAUAGCCAUGGAACUGCUACAUUUGGCAGACAAAGAUCUGGCAUCCAAAACACAACAGCUAUGUAUGAUAUAGCCCUACCUGAUACAUUCCUUGGUGAUUAUUAUUCACAGAAAACAGCAUGUGCUGUGCCAGUGAAGGAUUCGAUUUUGGAAUUUGAUUUCGAAGGACAGGACUCAUCUGCUGGAUCAGUGGGCUGCUGCAGUCUCCUAGAUUCUGACAACGAUCUGCAGUUCCUCAAUGACCUGGGACUAAAAUUUAAAACUCUGACUGAAAUUUGCGCCCCUCCUCUCCCAAAAGCAUUACAGACAAGCAGUGUUGCCAAUACCACUGACAUUGUUGAACCAAUUGUAAGGUCCAAAUCUGAGCAAAUUGUUGAAACUAGUAAUACCAGUGUACAGAAAGGGGGAAUUAUGUCAUCUAAAAGUUCCAAAUUGUCUGUCAGUACUGUAACCAAUACCUCACCAUCCAUAACACUUCCUCAUUCUAAGACUGCUAACCAUCACUCCGAUUCUUGCCAUCAUCAGAGUCUUAUGCUACAGCAGCCAGUUUACUACACCACUAACACCGUGCCACAGCCAUUGCACUAUAUUGUUCAACCACAAAUACCAAACGCAAUUAUUCUAGCAGAAGGGACUCAUAAAGCAAAUAUUCCUGGUUUGUAUGUAGUCAGUGAAUCCCAGACUCGUUCCGGUCUUGUAAUCAAUGGACCUCAAGUCUCGCCUUCUGGUAUAAAUACUCAGGGCACUGACAGCCCCAAAAUCCCAAUGCAGCCUUCUAGCCCCACAAGUCUAUUAAGUCCUACCCUGGUCUUACCUGGUAGUCAAGGUUUAUUCAAGGGCUCAUUUCCUAUGGAUGGUUGGAACAUCAUAGGAACAAACCCUGAUGGUAAUUAUAUAGUAAUUAAAAAGAAAAACUUUUUAGUUGAGGCAGAGAAUGUGGACCCGGGUUCAUCUCAGGGCACUUUGCCCAGGGGUGCUACCUCAGUGAAAGAGGCUGUUCCCCCUCAGGGGGUUUUAUGUCCAGCAGCCCAGGAAACUGUGUAUAACAAUGCUGAAAGGGACAGAGGGAGUGGGAGGCAACAACAAAUUAGGGAUGGGCACGCAGGGCAUACAGGUUCAGGGUUAGCAUCGGUUUUCAAAUCUAAUGUUGAGCAUCUGAAUUUCGGAAUUGAACACAUGCUAGCAGGAAUUUUAACAGCUGCAAUGUGUACAUUAGUUUUUAGGGGGGUCAAUGUAAACCAUUUUCAGGGAAUUCCAUCUUUACAACAUACAAGUGAUGUUCCAAUAACAUGUAAGUCAAGCUCCUAAAAGCAAAAAAGGCCCAUACUGUAAUAAAUACUACUAAAGCUAAUGAAAAUACUCAAUUUAUCAGCCUUUAAAAGAAAAAGCUUUGAUGAGAAAAGCAAAGCUGAUGCAGUUCAUUGUCUAAUGGUAAGGGAAACAGAAAAAGAUUUUGUGCAAAUAGAUAUUGUAGUCAUCUUCAAAUCAAAACAAGAGAUACCAUUAGAUAAAGUUAAUAAGGUUGUCCAUUUUGUAUAUGACAAUGACACUAUGCAAGCAUCACAAAGGUCUUAGACAUAGUGGUUGAGAAACCAGGCAACAGAAUAGAUAAAAUUCUGUCUGAUUAAAUUAGUAAAACCCCUCAUUGAAAAAAAAAUUCAGAUGUGAAAAAUCUAAUGAUCCACAUGAGACAGCUAAAGAAAAGCAGGAAAGUUGUUUGUUUUUUUUCUAAAGAUUUUUCUAAUGAGGUUAAAGCUAUAGUUACUUGAAUGUCCUUCUCAGAUUUCCUAUCUGGAUCAGACUUUAUUUGUAAAAUUAACACCUAAACAAUAAAAAUAAAAUCUUUUCUUAAGGAGGGGAAGACAAUCAAGACUAUCUCAAUACUUCAUCAAACACAAAAGAGGUGUAGACAAAGAGGUAGCAAUAACUUUAAAUUAACUAAGAAGAAAAUGGUUCAUAACUGUAGGCAAUACUCAACCAAACUCGUUGAAGAUUUCUCUACAGAUUUAGAAAAAUUAAAAAUGACUCAAAUUAAACUAAAAUCCAAUGUGGAAAGCCUAAGUAGCAUUGACUUUCUUUCUACUGAGGAGUAGCAGGGACUAAUUGAAAGCUCCCACUCGGAGCAGGAAGAAAGCAGCACACUAAUCCCUUAAAUAUUAAAAGUACUUGGGCCUGGUUACUUAAAGCUUGUAGCUGGACAAACUAACAAUGUGGGAGAAGUGACCAAAGUGCACAACCCACAAAAGACAUACAAAAUAUAAGUGAUUUAAUUAAGAAAACAAAUUAUGGAAUACAAACAAGGUAGACUUAGGAACACAAUCUAGGAAGUAUAAGGCUACACAAACCAUCUUAAAUUCAAUUGCUUAGCAGGGCAAAUCUCAAACACAAAUGCUGAACACAAAAUCACUGCUAUGCAGGAAAAAAAAACUACUAAUAAAAAACAACAACAUGAAAAUACAAACCCAGGUUUGUAUAUUCUAUAUGAACAAACCUGGCACACAAGCUUGGAAAAGACAAUGUAAUAGUAUAAUGAAUGUGUAACUAUGACAAUGAACCAACAGAGAGUAAAAGAACACUAAGACUUUAAAUAGAAGACAAUACCAGUGGAACUAACACUGAUUAGACACCACGAUACAGAUGAAAAUACAUUUUCAGAAAAAAAAACUAUACUCCAACUCUAGACAUAACUGCUAUGUAGACACUGCAUUUACAUUCAACUCGUAUCACUUAUCUCAUUUAACUGUCGGAUUCUAUCUGUAAUUCACUGUUUGUCUGGGUUUUUUUUGGCAUCUGAGGUAGAAGAGGCCCAGCUGUGGAGUGUUGCUUAAUUUUAGGUAUGUUUGUGUUAGAGGCAUCCCUUCAUACUAAAAUUUUUGAAUGUAUUCAUUUAUGCCGGCAUGUGGGUACAUUUUUUUAAGUAGAUGAGUGGUUUAUACAGUUGUUGGGGGAUAUAAAGGCUUACUAAAAAACAAAUCAUCAAUGCUUUUAGUAUACUAUUGUACUUGUUGCAUAUUAUCCUUUAACUUGUCAAGUCAAAAUUCAUUUUGAUGCCUAUUAUAUGUUGUGUUGUUUGUUGUUUACUAAAGUUUACUGUUAUACUAAAGCUCAAUUUUAUCAGGUAUAGUUCCAAUUGUCCUCACCAUAUUUGGACUAAUAGGAGUAUACUUAACAAUUUUUAGGGCUAUACUUAUACAUAGAUAUUUUUUUUUGCUAUACUAAUUGAAAUAAACACUAACAAACUAUGUAUUUAAAUAAAUAACCUGCUGUUAGUUUAAAAGUAAUGCUACUAAUUCACUUAGUUACAGCUUGUUGCGCAGAUAGUUUUUUGAUUAUAAGCACAUGAAAAUUUAAUUUAAAGCUUGCUUGUUUAUUUUAGAUUUUAAAAAUAUAUAUUAUUAGCACACUUGCAUACUCUGCUUUUAUAAGGGCUGCUUGUAUUGAGCCAAAUCGGGGCCAUAAGUCUUGACUAAGUAAAACAUCAUUUUUACAAAUAUCGUAAUUCACACACUAUAGAGCGCACCUGAGUUUAAGCUAGAUUUUAAUUAAAAAACUUUUUUUUUCAUAUAUUGGCCACACCAGUUUUUAAGUUUUUUUUGCUGUAACUUUUAAUUACGUAAAUACUGCAAAGUUUGUUUAUGGUACAGCGCCUGUAACAUGGCUGGUUAAAAAAAAAAAAAGUACAGCAGUAUACCACAAAAGUAAUUGACCAAUAUCUACUGCUGCCUUCUGCGCAUAAAACCACUAAAGUCAUCGUCUUUAGUAUGAAAAUAAACACACUUACUAUCUUU